AUGGCAGCACCCCGAGAACUGCAGUGGCUCCUCGGUCUUGUGGGAUCCAUGCUACUCCUCAUGUGUUUUUACCAAUGGGAUGUGUCACAAAAAAAGCAAGGGAGGAUCCGUCAGCUGCAGGAAGACAGAAAGCAGCUGCUAAGAGACGUAUGUGCCAUUGACAAAGGUGCAUUUCCUAAGCAGAAGUACACUUUGGGUGACUUAAAUAGGAAAGACCUGGGGAACCUCAUCGUGGAUGACAAAAAUGGCGUCAUCUACUGCUACAUUCCCAAGGUGGCAUGUACCAACUGGAAACGGGUUAUGCUCUUCCUGAAAGAGAACAUGACGUAUGAUGAGAUCAUAUCCAUACCUGGACCCAAGAUCCACACCGGCAAAAACCUGACUUUGUUAAAGAGCUAUCCCCCUUCAAAGAUAAAGGCAAAGCUGAAGAAGUACACCAAGUUCAUGUUUGUCCGGGACCCAUUUGUUCGUCUCAUCUCUGCCUAUAGAGACAAGUUCCUGCAUCCCAAUAAGUACUAUCAAACCUAUGUCCAGAAGGUUUGGAGCCUCUAUGGCAACAAGCGUGGUCGAUUUUAUGCGAAGGGCAAGAGGAAGGCAGUGGCAUCCAAGCCGCAACCCACAUUUUACAACUUUAUUCAGUACCUGGUAGACCCACGGACAGAGAGGACGCAGGCCUAUGAUCCCCACUGGAGGCAGAUGUACCGCCUGUGCCACCCCUGCCUCAUAAAGUAUGAUUUUGUCGGCCAUCAAGAGACUCUUCAAGAGGAUGCUGAGCAGCUGUUUAAGAUGUUACAGCUUGAGGAUGACAUUAAGGUCCCUCCUUCCUAUGAAAACGUGACCUCCUCUGGUUCUGUGGAGGACUGGUUCAGAACAGUGCCCCUAGAGGACAGGAGGAAGCUGUACAAGAUCUAUGAGAGGGACUUCAGGCUUUUUGGCUACCAAAGGCCAGCAGAAUUGCUUGAUGAGUGA